AUGGGAACUUUGUCCUUAAGCGACUACGAGGAUGUGCGCAUCUGGGCGCCCUGGGGUCACAUUGCGGGUCGCUGGUAUGGCAAUCGAUCGGAACGCCCCAUUCUGGCCAUUCACGGUUGGCUGGACAAUCUGGGUACCUUUGAUAGACUGCUCCCCUUGCUGCCCGACUACCUGGGCGUGUUGUGCAUCGAUCUGGUUGGACAUGGUUGCUCCGCACGUCUGCCACGGGGCAUGCACUACAGCGCAGACGAUUGGGUUCUUGCCAUUGCUAGGGUUAUGAAGGAGUACAAGUGGCCAAAGGUGUCGUUGAUGGGUCACUCCCUUGGGGGUGUGCUCAGCUUCAUUUACACCUCGUUGCUACCUCAUAAGGUGGAUCUGGUCAUCUCAUUGGACAUUCUUCUGCCCCCACUUGACUCUGCUGAAGGCUUGUCGAUUAUGGCCUACUUUAUGGACAAGCAUCUGGGGGAGGAGGAGCGCGCUGAUGAGGUUUCAAUGCACGAGCCACCAUCCUAUACGCUGAAUCAGCUGCGCAGCGUCCUUAGCAAGGGCACCAACAACUCGGUGCCACCAGAGUUCGCUCAGCAUUUGCUUCAUCGCAGCGUUGAGAAGUCGGAGCUAUAUCCAAACAAGUUUUACUUUACCAGGGAUGGCCGAAUUAAGUUUUACACUCUCUAUCCGUUGAAUCCGGGCUUGGCAGCUGAAAUGGCACGGCGCAUUAAGGAUAUACCUUACCUCAUCAUUAAGGGUACCGAGUCUCCCUUUUUAAAUUCUGAGUCCGCAGAGGCCAUCUCAAUAUUAAAGAGUCAAAACCCGCAUUUUGAAUACCACGAAGUGCGCGGAGCGCAUCACGUGCAUCUAACCAGUCCCGAGCUGUGUGCCCAGUACAUAGUUCCCUUUCUGAGGCACUAUCGACCGCCUUCAGUGGCAAGCUGGUCGUUGGCUAGUGAAGAUGCGUCCCUGAGCACACAAGAGCAUCGCCUGGCGCAGGAGAGCUUCUUUGUCAGGAAUCAGAAGAGACAGAACAAGCUGUAA